CCGCGCGGGCGGCGCGCGCCCUCGGCGGCGGCGGCUGGGCGGCCGGGCGGCAAGGCGGCGGCGCCCUGCGCGAUGGCUGGUGGCCUUGACAGCGAUGAUGAGGAGAAGGCCGACUUGGUGGCCCGCAUCAAGCAACUACAACGGGAAAGUGAUGAGGGCAAGCAGCAGUGGUGGUCCUUCUGCGACACGGAGGGCUUCAACAACCGAAGGGACCCGUUGCGACACACCACGGAUUUCCUCCGGAAGUUCUUCGAGGCCCGCAGGGACGGGCGCAUCACGGCCACUGUGUCCGUGGCGCCACCCAACGAGAUUGACCCCGAGAUGCACAAGAUCUGGGUCGGCAGGGUGAAGCAGGUGCAGCGCUCGUCCCCGGAGUCGAAAGCCAGGUGGGAGAAGUACUGUGAUGCUUACGGAGGUGGCGUCAGAGAUCCUCAGAGGCACGAUUCCGCGUACCUGCAACGGUUCUUCGAGGACCCUGCUGGGCAGCAGGUCGCCGCAGCGGUUGCUGCCCCAGCCAUGCAGGCGUGGCCGGGCAUGGCCGGCUUCCCGGGCAUGGCCCCGGGCAUGGCCGCGCCGGGCCUGCCGGGGCAGGGCAUGGCGGGGUAUCCGCAGAUGGCCGGAUUCCCGCAGAUGCCAGGCAUGCCGGGCAUGCCGGGCAUGAUGGGCUUCCCCCAGAUGCCGGGGUACCCCAUGAUGCCCGGCAUGAUGCCGUGGGGCAUGAUGGGUGGUGCCUUCCCGGCGCCCGCUGAUGUGAGCUCGCACCCCGGCGCCGCCGCCCCGGGCGCCGUGGUGGACGCGCCCCCGGCCCUGGAGGACGCGGGAGGCAGCAGGUCGAGAUCCAUACCCAAGGCGAAGACCAAGACCAAGGCCAAGUCCCGGUCUCGCUCGCGUCGGCGCAGGAAAGUGAAGCACAAGCAGCAGUCGUCCUCGGACUCCUCGAGCUGA